GUCUGUUCAUUCAGUUCGGAAAGUCGUUCGUUUGAACAUAUUGCAUAUUGUGGUACAACUAACAUUACGUGCCGUCGCUCAUUUAAUAGUGGAGAAAAAUUUGUAAAAAUUAUUUAAAAAUUAAUGUUUAUUAGUCACACAAAUAUACGUGUAUUUGCAGGCAAUUGCACGGUGUGAUUAAAAACUAUUUAGGUGUGUUAAACGGACAGCAACUAGCAAACGAAAAAUAUAAAGAAUGACUUGUCAAAGAGAAUAACACGAAUUUGUUGGUGGCAGAAACGCGUUCCGUGGUGAAUACACAGUACAUAUAUAUAGCGCGAACGAGUAAGCAAUGAAAUUUGUAACUGGGUAAAAACGAGAAAGCGCUAAACACCACCCUGAAAAGAGAGUUGUUGCAGAGGGACACCUCAAAUCACAUUUUGUAAUUUUCUUUCAACUUACCAAUGAUGCCCAAUUAUAAAUUAUAGCCCAAAAUCCAUGUGCUAAAUAAAUACACAUUGCUUGAUUUAAUUGCGAAAAAAGUCACUGUGUGAUUGUGUGUGUGCGUGCAUUAAAGAGCAGCAAUUUGAGCAGCUACACAAAUUUAACAAACACAACAAAACAACAACAACAAUGAUAAAAAUGGAGACUGACAAAAUAAUGGACGAGACUAACUCCAAUGCACAAGCAUUCACAACCACAAUGCUGUACGAUCCGGUGCGCAAGAAAGAUUCAUCCCCCACAUAUCAAACGGAGCGGGAUGUAUGCUUUCAGUACUUCACACAGUGGACCGAAGCCGCACAGGUGGACUUUGUCGAGCAGCUGCUAUCGCGAAUGUGCCACUAUCAGCACGGACAGAUCAAUGCCUUUUUGAAGCCGAUGCUACAGCGCGACUUUAUAACACUGCUCCCAAAAAAAGGCCUCGAUCAUAUUGCAGAGAAUAUUUUAUCGUAUCUGGAUGCCGAAUCUCUCAAGUCUGCCGAGCUGGUGUGCAAGGAAUGGCUUCGCGUUAUAUCCGAGGGCAUGCUGUGGAAGAAGCUCAUUGAGCGCAAGGUACGCACUGACUCGCUAUGGCGCGGCCUGGCUGAGCGUCGCAACUGGAUGCAGCAUCUGUUCAAGCCACGGCCCGGCCAAACACAGAGACCACACUCAUUCCAUCGCGAACUAUUUCCCAAGAUAAUGAAUGAUAUUGACAGCAUAGAGAACAAUUGGCGAACUGGACGGCACAUGCUGCGCCGUAUCAAUUGUCGAUCCGAGAACUCUAAGGGUGUUUAUUGUUUGCAGUACGAUGAUGGGAAGAUUGUGUCUGGUCUAAGGGAUAAUACCAUUAAGAUAUGGGAUCGAACGGAUUUGCAGUGUGUCAAGACACUUAUGGGACACACUGGCUCGGUUCUGUGCUUACAGUAUGAUGAUAAAGUGAUCAUUAGUGGCUCCAGCGACUCCACGGUGCGUGUAUGGGAUGUUAAUACUGGGGAGAUGGUCAACACGUUGAUUCAUCACUGUGAGGCGGUGCUACAUUUACGUUUCAAUAAUGGCAUGAUGGUGACAUGUUCCAAAGAUCGCUCUAUUGCGGUCUGGGACAUGACCUCGCCCAGCGAAAUUACGUUGCGUCGCGUCCUAGUCGGCCAUCGUGCCGCCGUAAAUGUAGUAGACUUUGAUGAGAAGUAUAUUGUGUCUGCCAGUGGGGAUCGCACCAUCAAAGUAUGGUCGACAUCGAGCUGUGAAUUUGUGCGUACACUGAACGGCCACAAACGUGGCAUCGCUUGCCUGCAGUACAGAGAUCGGCUAGUGGUUAGCGGCAGUUCCGACAAUUCAAUUAGGCUGUGGGAUAUUGAAUGCGGAGCCUGCCUGCGUGUGCUGGAAGGUCAUGAAGAGUUGGUGCGCUGCAUCCGCUUUGAUACGAAGCGCAUUGUCAGUGGUGCCUACGAUGGUAAGAUUAAGGUAUGGGAUUUGGUUGCAGCUCUGGAUCCACGCGCCGCCUCUAAUACACUGUGCCUCAAUACGCUCGUGGAACAUACUGGUCGAGUUUUCCGCCUUCAAUUCGAUGAGUUUCAAAUUGUCAGCAGCUCACACGAUGAUACGAUUUUGAUAUGGGACUUUCUAAAUUUCACACCCAAUGAGAACAAGACCGGCCGAACUCCAUCGCCGGCCCUUAUGGAACAUUAACAUUUUGUGCAAAUGCAGCUGCGGGCGCUUCAGCUUUAUUCCUCAAGCGAUGAGGAGGGGCAAGAGGGCGAUAAUAACGACGACGAUGACGACGACAACGAGGACGGUGGGAAUGAAGAUACUGAAAAUAUCGAACUGGAGUUAUUCGGUUAUAAUGUUGAUAAUCUUUAUAAUGCUGUUCAAGAAAACUAAUGAGUAAUACUAAGCCUGCAAAUAGCAUUGAGACUCGUCCAUAAAAUUGUGUUGAACCCAAGAUUCUGCGAUCUCCGAUUUUACUGAAAUGCACUAAGAAAAACAAACUAAAAAACCUACAAACAAAAAUUAUAAAAAAAUAUUAGCAUUAAAUAGAAACACACGCGAAUUAUGAAUAAAUGAAAUUAUUGAACAAUACAUGAGAAAAAAUCAAUAAUAAAUACAAGA